AUGCUAUACUCGCCGAGUGGUACCACCGAGCGGUUCUGCUACAGCGGCGCUGCGGGCGAGGGGAGCAACGUGGAGCAGGAGUUUCUGCGCGUGGCGGCCUCGUACGUGUCGUCUCCGUACGAGGGGCCGGCGGGCGCGUACCACAAUUUCUUCGCUGCGCACCACGCGACGCUGUGGACUGUGGACGCCGCGACGCGUGUGGCGACGCCGAUGCGACUGGACGUUGUGUACACGUUUGUGAACCCGACGGCGUCGUCGUUCCGGCGCAACCUUGAGGCGCGGCACGUGCCACUCGAGCAGCGGAGGUACCGCGACUGGGAGGAGCUGCGGUACUCGCUGCGGUCGCUGCGCCAGUUCGUGCUUGCGAGCGGCGCGUUUGCGCAGUACCAUCACCGCCACGCUGCGGACGUGCAGCGGCUGAGUGAGCUUGGGUACCAGGUGAACGUGAGCGACGCUGGUGCGGUGGAUGGGGUUGUGUCGCUGGUACGGCGUGUGUACCUUGUGCUGUCUGACACGGACCAGAUGCCUGCGUGGCUUGACACAGAGAAGUUUCCUGAGCUGCGCGUGGUGACACAUGCGGAUAUGUUCAGUGCUGAGGAGGCGGCGUUGGUGCUGCCGACGCUAAACUCAAACGUGAUAGAGUCCGGGCUGCAUCGCAUCCCAGGGAUCUCGCGUUUCUUUUUGUACUUCAACAAUGACAUGAUAGUUGGUCGCCAGCUGUCCUUCUUCGACCUGUUCCGCCCUCUGUCGCCGCCGCGCCAGAUCUUGGAGAUGGCGAACCUGCAGCAGGCGGAUGGGGUGGCUGACGUCAAGACAGCUCAGCCCUACAGCGAUGACACACGUGUGGCACUUUUUUUUGAGACCAUCUUUAACAGUGACGGAUACGUGCCGCCUCCAUCUAGGUCAACACUGGCGCGUAUUGGAGCGAGACUUGUGCCUCAGUCGUGGUGUGCGCAUCUGGCAGAUGUACGACCUACAGGAGGGCUGGCAGACCGAGCUUUGCGCUUGUUGUGCACACCAGCGAAGAUCUCCAGGCCUGAGCAGCGUGGGGAUGCCCUGAACCACUUCGCCCGCUAUUGCGUUCAGGAAGAACUACCUGGAAUUGCUCCAUCCAUCGAGUACGCUCAUAUGCCGCGCACGUUUGAUCGGGAAGUGCUGCGGAUGUUUUCGGACGACCCCAUAAGUGGCUUUGGCGUGGCCGUAAAGGAGAUGCGCAAGGCGUAUAUACGAGACAUGAACAGCUUCUCCCCUGUUCACAUCUACGAAUCAUUUGCGUUGGCGAUGCGCCGCGCACGUACGGCGGCGCUUUGGUGCCAGAGCGACGUGCGAUGUGCUGCCUCGCUGCGACCCAUGCAUCCUCUCACGACGCGCAAGUGGCGGCAGAGGCGCACUGCGUCUUGUCCCGGUCACCCGCUCGAAGGAGGAAGCCAAGCGGUACGGCUGCAGCACAGCGAUAUGCUCGCGCGCUGGAACUCCUACGAGGAAAAAUGGUUGAGCAGCAUCACCACUCUGCCGACCUCGGCAACAGAGACGUCGCAGGGGAGUCUAUCUCGCAGCGGUGUUAGUGCACAGAACACAGCCACCCCCCUAUCGGCAUCUGCGCCGAAGCAGCUCUACGAGCCGUCUCAGGUGGUGCGCAUGCUCCUGUCAGAAAGAACCGCCAGAGCACCCCACAAGGUGAGCUACCAAAUGAUCAGUGGUUGCCAGCAUGGAGGCCCUGUAGACGCGUCACGGGUGCAGUCGUUGGUGCUGGACGUGCACCACCACGUUUUCAUAGCUGAUCUCACUUUUUCCUUCUUCAUUGUGGAGGAUUUUCAGCGCCUUGCGAUUAUUCUCUCUCAUCUGGAGCAUAUCGCUGGCAGUGGGACAGCUCCGCGUGCGUCGACGCUGCCGCUAUUUAUUACUGUGAACGAUGACCUUGAGAGUGGGGUGUUGGAUAAGCAGUUGCACGAGAACCACCUAAUGGGGUGGAACCGGUCUCACCUCACCCACGCAGCUUUUCGUCGCCUGCUGUGGCUCUGCUCCUACAUGGCUCCUCAGGCACCAUGGGAACUCUGGCCUGUCCGUGCGUAG